UUAUGCAAUAGGUGAGAAAAGAUGAAGUUGUGAAUGUGUGCAUGAAAACGGCAGCGAAACAAAGGCCGGGAUCCGAAUCCACCGUUUUCAGGCGAUCGAGAUUGAUAGCGACGGCAGGUAUAUAUAAUAAUGGCGGCGGGUGCUAACGUGCUCGUGUGGGCGGUGCUGUUGUUGCUGUGCAGAGCGCGGAGGAGCGACGCCAUAUGGUUGAAUCUGCCGGCCACCGGCACCAAGUGCGUCUCAGACGAGAUUCACAACAACGUCGUCGUUUUGGCCGACUUCGUCGUCAUCUCCGACGAUCAUGUCCACACCACUCCCACCAUUUCCGCUAAGGUGACUUCUCCAUAUGGAAACACUCUGUAUCGACAGGAAAACAUCACGCAUGGCCAAUUCGCAUUCACGACUACUGAGGCUGGAAGCUAUUUAGCUUGUUUCUGGGUGGAUAGCAAUUAUUCGGGCACGGGGGGGCUAAGCAUCAACAUGGAGUGGAAAACCGGUAUUGCAGCCAGGGACUGGGAAUCCGUUGCAAGAAAAGAAAAAAUCGAGGGUCUCGAGCUUGAGCUCAGAAAACUCGAAGAAGCAGUGGAGACUGUCCAUGAAAAUCUUCUCUACCUUAAGAGCAGAGAGGCGGAGAUGAGGACGACGAAUGAAGCCACAAAUUAUCGAGUUGCUAUGUACAGCCUCAUGUCACUCACCAUUUGCAUCGUUGUUUCAAUACUCCAGAUAUUGUACUUAAAGAGAUAUUUCCAAAAGAAAAAGUUGAUUUAGAUGGAAGAAUAGAUUAAUAGCUAACUAAGGUGUUUUUCUCUGUUUUUUUUUUUUUUUUUCAUUUUACAGUUGAUAAUAUCAUCACAUUUUGUCUC